AACAGUUUCUUUUGCUUCAGCAGUUUCCCACUAGUCCUUUUCUGUUUUCUGUCUUCUGUCUUUCCUUAUUUUUAUUCUCAACUUCUUGUCUGCAGCCAUUGUUCCCGUCCUAGAAAGCGAAAACAGAAAGGAAAAGCUGCAGCAGGAGCUAGGAAGCUAAUACUAUCUAGCUGAGGAAGAUUUAGCUAGCUGCACCAUACAUACCAUCGAGAGAAAAGCUAGCUAGCUAGCUAGAGAGAUGAGCCGUCUUGCACCGUUAUCAGAAGAACCUGUAAAUGAAGAAGACUCCAAGAACUGCUCUAGUAAAGCCCAGACGUGGAGAAAAUGGUUGAGAGACCACUUUUCUCUGCAGCUUUUCAACAGGAAAUCAGACCUCAGACUCCUCUUAAGUGUUCUUGGAUGCCCUCUUUUUCCCCUGGCUGUUCAUCCCAAACACCCCAUCACUGAAGUGUCCUCAUCAGCCCAAUACAUAAUCCAUCAUUUUACGGCAGCAACCGGCUGCCGAAAGCUAGAAGGGAUGGUGAAGAAUAUUUAUGCCACGGGAAAAGUUGCAAUGGCAAUGGUGGACCAUGAUCAGCUAGGAGGGGGCUUGGCUGCCUCUGCCUCAGCUGCAAAUGUAUCCAAUGCUGCUUUACAAAAAGGUUGCUUUGUUAUGUGGCAAAUGCUGCCUAAUAAGUGGCUAAUUGAGCUAGCUGUUGCGGGUCACAAAGUUGUAGCUGGUAGCGAUGGCCAUUUGGCCUGGCGCCACACCCCUUGGCUAGGUGUCCACGCUGCUAAGGGUGGCGCCCGUCCUCUUCGCCGAUCUUUCCAGGGACUAGACCCUGUGGCUAUAUCUACCAUCUUCUCGCAAGCGGAGUACAUGGGAGAAAAGCAAAUAUUUGGAGUUGAUUGCUUUGUGCUAAAACUGUCUGCCAACCAUACGGACCUAGUCGAGCGCAGCGAUAACACAGCAGAGAUGAUCAAGCAUGCAGUCUUUGGUUACUUCAGCCAGAGAAGUGGCUUGCUCAUCUAUUUAGAGGACUCGUACUUGACCAGAAUACAGUCACCUGGCUCACUCCCCUCGUAUUGGGAAACCACAAUGGCUACCAAAAUGGAAGAUUAUCGGAGCGUCGAGGGAGUUAAGAUUGCGCAUUCAGGUCAAUCUACUGUAAUCAUCACAAGGUUUGGAGACAAUCUGAAGUUUGGCCCUUCCUUCACGAGAAUGGAAGAAACAUGGACGAUUGAUGAUAUUGCUUUCAAUGUCCCCGGCCUUUCUAUGGACUGCUUCAUUUCUCCAAAAGAACUGCAGAAAGACUAUCCAGAGGAAAACCUUGACUGGAUAUCACCAUUGCAUCAAUGAAGACUGUCGAUGGACGAGAUUGAAGAUCAUUUUUUGUAACUUCGAUUGUGGUGCUUAAUUAACUGAUUUUUCCUUGAAUGCUAGUGUUUUAACAUUAUUGACCAAGAAUACUAUGAGGAUCAGAAGCCGAGGCCGACCCUCUCUUUUGUGUAUACAAAUGAUUGUACUCAAUUAAGUGCUUGAUAUAUGUGUAAGUCUACUUUUUCCCA